UGUUGCCGGGCUAAGCCUUCCUCUGUGUCCGGUGUGAGAACGGGGCUGGGGUGGCCGAGGGCUUAUCGCAUGCCCUUUUAGGUCUGAGAGCUCGGAAGGAGAACAACGGGAGGGCCCUGGAGUGGGGGUGAAGGGGCUUCGGGCCGUCCGGCGGGGGUCGCGCGUGCGUUCCCGGGACCCUGAGUGGACCCGAGUGGCGGACCCCGCAGGCUCUUCUCCCGCGGCGCAUGGGCGGGACAAGGGAAUAGCCAUGGAGCCUAAGGGCAGAGGAUCACUUGCUGAGGAGUCAGACCUUCUCCAUUCCAGAAACCCAAAAGAAAAUGACAUGACUGCUGUGCUGUUGACCCCAGGGUUGCAGGAAUCCAUGAUCAGGGAUAUGGCUGAGGCUCUCACCCCGUGGGGACAGCUGAACUCUCCUCAGGGAGAUGUGCCUGAGAAGCAUAGGAAUUUGGUCUUGCUGGGGCUUCCAAUUUCCAAGCCUAAGGUAAUCUCUCAGUUGGAGUGUGGUAAGGAGCUGGAGAGAGAAGUCUCAAAAGCAGCCAGUCCAGACUGGGAAACAAUAUCAGAAAGCAAGGAGCUAACUCCAGAGAAGGACAUUUCUGAAGAGGAAUCAGCCCCUGGGGUGUUAAUAGAAAGAUUUCCAAAGGAAGGUUCCAGUGAAUGUGAGAAUUCUUUAGAGUGUCAGCAGGAAAACCAUGAGAAACAUUUAAUACAAGAGAUUGUCAUUCAGAAGAAGUCAUCUGGGGAGAGAAGUUACCAAUGUGAUGCAUUUAGAAGACAUUUUAGUCCAAGGUCAUUACUUGUUCAACAACAAGGAGAGAAACUACAUCCUUGUGAUUCAUUUAAAAAGAAUUUAAAACAAAAUUCAGAUAUCAUUAGGCAUGAGAGAAUUUGUGUGGGAAAGAAACCUUGGAAGUGUAAUGAGUGUGAGAAAGCCUUCAGUUACUAUUCAGCUUUUGUCUUGCAUCAGAGAAUUCACACAGGAGAAAAACCCUAUGAAUGUAAUGAAUGUGGUAAAGCCUUUAGUCAGAGCAUACACCUUACUCUACACCAGAGAAUACAUACUGGAGAAAAACCAUAUGAAUGUCAUGAAUGUGGGAAAGCCUUUAGUCACCGCUCAGCUCUCAUUCGGCAUCAUAUAAUCCAUACUGGAGAAAAACCCUAUGAAUGCAAUGAAUGUGGGAAGGCCUUUAAUCAAAGUUCAUACCUUACUCAACAUCAGCGAAUUCAUACUGGAGAGAAACCUUAUGAGUGUAAUGAAUGUGGGAAGGCCUUCAGCCAAAGUACAUUUCUUACCCAACAUCAGGUCAUUCACACUGGAGAGAAACCUUACAAGUGUAAUGAAUGUGGCAAAGCCUUUAGUGAUCGGUCAGGUCUUAUUCAGCACCAGAGAACUCAUACUGGGGAGCGGCCUUAUGAGUGUAGUGAAUGUGGGAAAACCUUUGGCUACUGCUCAGCUCUGACUCAGCACCAGAGAACUCACACUGGGGAGAAACCUUACAAAUGCAAUGAUUGUCCCAAAGCCUUUAGUGACCGCUCGGCUCUUAUUCGUCAUCAGAGAACACACACUGGAGAGAAACCAUACAAGUGUAAGGAUUGUGGAAAAGGAUUCAGCCAGAGCUCAUCUCUUACAAAACACCAGAAAACUCACACUGGAGAAAAGCCCUAUAAGUGUAAGGAAUGUGGAAAAGCCUUCAGCCAGAGUUCAUCCCUUUCUCAACAUCAGAAAACUCAUGCUAUUGGGAAAACCAAGGAUUAUGUACACACCUUUAGUGAGCAUCUAGCCUUUGGCCAACAAAAGAGAAUUCAUACUGGAUAAAGACCAUGUAAAUGUGGUACAUUUAGAACAUAGGUAUUGAGCAUUUACCACACAUACUAUGGGAGCUACAAAGAAUUAAGACUUUGUUAUAGAAAAGUUACUGAGAAGUCGUUGAUUGGGGACGUAACUUACUUAGACUGUGAAAGAGUAAUUUACGUUUUCAAAAAUGUCCCAAUGGAGGACACUAUGAAUUUCCACAGUGUGUAUAUAAGCUAUGAAAUCAUUUAGAGAGAAAUAGGGUAUGUCAUGGUGGAAAGAGGAUGUCUUGACCAGGCCAGUAGUUCGAUAAUGCCAGGGACAUAAGUUUUAAAGAGAAAAAUAGUCCUUUUAGGGAAAUUGCAGGGAUAGAAAUAAAGAGAUUGAAAGUAAUUCACAGGGAGUUUGUCUAGGGUCAGGCGUAGCAGUGGAAGGGAAGUUGUCUUUAAUUCUUAAGUACAAAGACAAAAUGGUUGAAUGGAAGAAUAGAAAAAAAAGCUGAGGGAAUGAACCCAAGAAAUGUUGGUUGAAUAUUCAUGACCAGGAAAAUACUAGACUUUUUAGUUGGUCAGUUGCAAAGUUUCUUUACUCUGAAGCUAAGGAAUGUUGGCCAGAGGGUUUGCUUCUACCACCUAUAAGAAGUGGGUUAAUCCCAAGGGUCAAGACCUACAAUUUAGGGAGAAUAUAGAAGAAACCUUUAAUGUGUUCAGUCUGUUUUAAACUAUCUGAGUUACGUGAGAAUAUGCUUAUUUAUGAAGAUUUACCUCAGUCAUGUCUAUUUUAACCUUCAUGCCUUAUGUGGUACAGUACAUAAAAAAUUUGGUUGUAGACUUGCACUGGCAUGGCAUACUAGAUUGUGAAAACUUGAAAAAACUUUGAAAUACUUGUGUUUUACCAUUUUACCCUUAGCUAGAGGCAGAUGGCAUCUUUGUAUAUUUGUCUUCACUGAAACUUUGAAGGUUAUUGGAAACAUUAUUUUGAAUGCAGUGUUUUUAACUUGCAGGAAUUUCACUGUGAUGUGUCUUGGUGUGGAUUUCUUUUUGUCUUAUUGGGGGGUUUCCUGAGCUGCUUCAGUAUGUAGGUUUAUGUCUUAGCAAAUAUGGCAGAUUUUCAGCCAUCACUUCUUCAAAUAACAUUUUUAGGCUCCACCCUCCACCCCUUCUUUUCUUCUGAACUCUAAUGACAGAAACUUUAGAUCUUUGGUUAUAGUCCCACAAGUUCCUAUGGCUCUGUUCAAUUUUCCAUUUUUGUCUUUGUUUAAUCUGUCAUAUAUCAGACAGCUUGAAAAUGUUAUUUCUUACAGUUUUGGAGGCUAGGAAGACCAAGAUCAAUGUGCCGCCUGACUCUGGUUCUGGCUUACAGGCUACUUUCUCACUGUCAUCCCAUGCCAGGAAGGGUGGGAGGGUGAGAUAUCUCCUUCUUAUAAGGCCACCAUUCCUGUCAGUUUAGAACCCCAUCUGUAUUUACCUCAUUUAACCUAAUUACCUCCUAAAAGCCCUGUCUUCAAAUACAGUCACAUUGGGAGUUGGGGUUUCAACAUAAUUAAUUUGGGGGGAGAGGGAACACAUUCUGUCCAUAGCUUUCCACCCUUGGACCCUCACCAAAUUUGUGUCCUUGUAUUCACAAUACAUUUUUUCCAUUCCAACAGCUCUCAAAGUCAUGUCUAGCAUCAAUUUUAAAAGUCCUAAGUUUCAGGUGGCACCUGUGGCUCAAAGGAGUAAGGCGCCGACCCCAUAUGCCAGAGGUGGCGGGUUCAAACCCAGCCCCUGCCAAAAAAUGCAACAACAAAAAAAAGUCCUAAGUUUCAUUUCAGUGUCACCUAAAUUAGGUGUGGGUGAGAUUCAAGGUUUGACUCAUCCUGAAGCAAAAUUCCUCUCUAACUGUGAACCUGUGAAUCCAAAUGAAAUUGGUUUGUGGGACCGACAUGAUGUAGAUAUUCCCAUUCCAAAGGAGAGGAAAAAGAAGGAAAGGGUGAAGGGGUCCCAAGUAAGUCCAAACCUAGUGUAGUCCUACCUGUGAGGAUGUGCAAAGACUCUAUAGGGUGGUCUUUUCCCUAAGGCUUCAGUUGGAAGCUAGUCUGUAGAAACCAAGGUGAUGACGGCCCCACAUUUUAAAACAAAGGUCAUCUUAAUGGUCUCUGAAUUGCUUUCAAGGUCAUUUUUCCCUUUUCUUGAAGACUAGCACAUGUUCAGAGCCAAAUAUCUUUAUUGUCUAAUUUACAGGACCUAAGAAACCCUAUGGUCUUCGUUUCAUUUCAUUGUUUGCUUGUCUCUGUACCCUUUAGUUCCAGCUGACUGUGUUUCUCCCAUUUCUAUUCCUUGCUUCUGCUGAGACAGCUGAUGAAGUCUGUUAGCCACAUUCAUGAUCUCAUUUAUCACAUGAUUGCUCAGCCUCACUCUGUUUUCUCCAUAACAAACUUUCUCAUGUUUUUGUGAUAUGGAUAUACAGAAUUUUCCAAUUCUCUUAAAUUCUGUUCCUUUUGCUUAACAAUUCCUUCUUCAAUUCAUCUUUUCCUCUCACAGUUUGGUAUAAGCAGUAAGGAGGACACAAGCUCUAUCUUCAAUACUUUGUUUAAAAAAUGUCCCUGUUAAAUAUUCAAUUUCAUCACUUCUACAAAACACUACAAUGUUCAGACAAGUUCUCUACCCUUCAUACCAAGAUUCACCUUUCUUCCAGUUCCAAUAACAUGUAGCUCAUUGCCAUUUGAGACCUUGUCAUAGUGGCUUUUAAUAUCUGUAUUUCAAUGUACCUCUAACUCUCCUAGCCUCUUCCCAUUACCCAGUUUCAAAGCUGCUUCCACAUUUUUAGGUGUUUGUUACAGCAGCAUCCCAUCUUAGUCUACUUGGUCUUUCAUAUAAAAAGAAACAACAUAUUUUGGGUGGGUCAAGCCACAAACUAUUUCUCAUAGCCUUGGAGGCUGGGAGUCCAAAAUUAGGGCCCAACAGGGUCUAGUUCCUAGCUCGUAGAUAAUUGCCUUCUCACUGUGGCCUCACAUGGACAGUGCAUGUGUGUGAAGGGAGAGCCCUCUCUUGCCUCUUCCUAUCAGAUUAGGAUCUCACUUUUGUGACUUCCUUUAACUCUUAAUUACCUCCUAAGAGCCUGACUCCAAAUAACAACAGGGAGUAGGGCUUCAACACAAUGAGUUUUGUUGAAUUUAGUCCAUACCAUUUUCUCGAAUAUGUUGUUCAGAUUGAACAUUUUCUAUUGUUUUCAAGUUCACUGGUUCUUUCCUCUGUCCCCUCUGUUCUACUUUUGAGUUCAUAAUUUUUAUUUCAGUUAUUGUGUUUUUUCAGUCCCAUUUGGUUAUUUUAUUUAUUUUUUGCCGAGACUUUCUUUUUUAUUUGUGUCAAGCAUGUUUAUAGUUAUUCACUGAUGCAUUUUUAUGAUGUCUGCUUUAUAGGCUUAGUCAGGUUAGGUUAUUUUAACACCUGUAUUAUCUCAGUGUUGGCAUCCGUGGGUUAUCUUCUCAUUUAAAUUAAGAUUUGGGGGCAGCACCCAUAGCUCAGUGAGUAGGGUGCCAGCCACAUACACCGAGGCUGGCAGGUUUGAACCCAGCCUGGGCCAGCUAAAACAACAGUGACAACUGCAACAACAAAACCAGUAGCCAGACGUAGUGGUGGGUGCCUGUAGUCCCAGCUCCUUGGGAAGCUAAGGCAGGAGAAUCGCUUAAGCCCAAGCGUUUGAGGUUGCUGUGAACUAUGGUGCCAUGGCACUCUACCCAGGGUGACAGUUUGAGACUCUGUCUCAAAAAAAAUUUAAAAAUUAAAAUAAAAAAUAAAUUAAGAUUGGGAGGGGGCUUUUGGUGUGAUGACUGAUUUUUAAUUGAAAUCUGGACAUUUUAAGUAUUAUGGUAUGAGACUUAGUAUUCAAUGUAAAUCAUUGGUUUUGGCAAGCCUCCUCUGACACCACUGCAGGGCAGAAGGAGUUGAAAGGUGAUGCCUCGUUUAAGUUGAUGUUGAAAAUCCAGGUUAAUCCUGGAUUUUCCUGUGAUUACACCUGGGGUGGGGAUCCUCAAUACUGUUGGGCAGGGGUGGGAUUUACAGAUCCCACUGAUGCCACACUGGCUGGAAGGACCACCAAUGUCUCAAUACUGCUUGUCACACAGCCUCUACUGGUGUGAGUCCUGACUCUCCACCAGGCCUCCAUUGGCCCCACUCCAGUAAGGAAUGGGCAGUCUUGUCUCUGGGUAGGGUUAGAUGUUUAGUUUCCUGACGUGAUCUUCGCUGACACUGCCAGGGUGAUGGCGUCCACUUGACCUCUGAUACCACCCCAGGACGAAGGUAGAGGAUUGAGGAGCCUUCUUAACACCCUGGUAAGGGUGUAAUUGUAGGCUCCCCACUCAGCUUUUGUUGGUGAGGAUAGGGCUCUUCUGUGGUGUCUGGCUGGAAUAAGAUUAUUGUUGUAAGUUUUCUGUUUUAGUAUGUUGCUCCCUACCCUGUCUUUUGGCUAGAAGAGCAGACGUGUGGGGGGCCUUUUUCAGUUGUGCUAGUUGGCAUUACUGGGUUGCCAGCUUCUCCAGAGCUCAGUCUGGGAGUAGAUGAGGCAAAAAGAAAACCUAAGAAACCCACUGCUAUGUUAUUCCUCAGGUUCUGAGGUCCCUUACUCUCUUUACCUUGCAGAACUUUAUUAUGUUUGUUUCAUAUAUAAUACCCAUGAUUUCUAGCUAUACUCAGAGGAAUAAGGGAAAAUAUAAUAGUACUCCAUCCUUCCUGUGACAUCAUUGCAUUUGACACUGAAAUAGCACAUCAAGUUGUGUCACCCAAAGGUUUGUGGCAUCUAUAGGUCAUUUGUAACCAGUUAGGAGUAAGUCCCAAGAGGAAUGCCCACAUGUUUCCUAAAGACAAGCUGCUAACUUGAUAGAAACUAUCAGCCUUCUUCAUCUAGCUUUGAGUAUAGUUAUUUUUUAAGUUGAGGAAGCACCAUUGUUUAGUUAUGGACUGCAAACAUGAGGAGAUAGAUAUGAGUUGGAAUAUAAACCAUAGGGUUAAAAUUUUUUAUUUUUAUCUUUGUUCCAAGAGCAUAUGAGAACCACUGGGGAAAAAUGGAUUCAGAAUUUUGGAUUUUUUUCCAAUUAUAUAUUAUCUAUAUGUGGAUAUCCAUUUUAAUGUAUUAUAUAGAGAAACAACAAAAUAUAGAAUGAAAAUAAUUAGAGUUUAGGCCAAGUUAUUUCAUCUUUUGAAAUGUUUCCAUAUAUAUUUUUUAAAUUUUUGCUUUCAAUUUCAGCUGGCUUUCACUCUUCUUAGUUUGAAGUUUUGUUUUUUUUUUUCUGUUCUUCUUUUAGCAAUUCUCGUGGCCUUUGCCUCCCAAGUAGCUGGGAUUACUGGCACCCGCCAUAAUGCCCAGC